CAGGGUCAACAACUUAUCAGGGCAGUUCUGUUCGGUAAGGCACUGGAACCCAGUAGGAGACUCUGAAGCUGAGAAACUGAAGCAAUGACCCAAAAUUAGCUGCGGUAGUGAACGUAUAUGAUGUGAGGCCUUGUUGUGGGACAGUCAACGGGAGGUGAAGCACCAUUAACCAGGUCAGAGGUUUCUGUGGUUAUUCUGGAGCUGCUCAUCAAACUGGAGAAGGAAAGGACAUGGGAGGGGCAGCGUGUUUGGUUCCUGUUGUCCUGUGUGUUGUGAUGCUGCUUGGCACAGAGGCCAAAAAUUGUGUGUGCUCUGGAAACUCGAGGUGCCGCUGUGAUGGAGUGAAAGGCAACAGAGGAGACAAAGGUUUUCCAGGAGAUCCAGGUCCCCUAGGGCCACAAGGACAUCCAGGAUCAGAGGGUCAUGCUGGGCCGAUGGGACCAAAGGGUGACCCUGGCCAUGAUGGACCUAUAGGGCCCAAAGGCAGUCGGGGACCCCAGGGCAAAGAAGGAUUUGCUGGGUCUCCAGGUUUACCGGGUGUGCCAGGUUUACAGGGGCCUCAGGGCUCACCAGGGGCCCCAGGCUGCAAUGGAACAGAUGGAGAAGAUGGACCCCCUGGUUUGCCUGGGGCCAAUGGCAAUAAUGGACAACCAGGUCCACCAGGACCACCUGGACCUAAGGGUGAAUCGCAGAUAUCAGUGAUUUCAUUACCAGGGCCACCUGGGUCUCCUGGGCAGGAUGGACACCCAGGAAGACCAGGUGUACCUGGAUAUAUUGGACUACCAGGAGACGCUGGACCACGGGGCUCUGUCGGACUUUCUGGCCGCCCAGGGCCUCCAGGAUCUAAGGGUCAAGGAGGCAGCAGCGGCUUCCCUGGACCUCGCGGUCCAAAGGGGAGAAAAGGACCACCAGGACUGCCUGGGCAACCGGGUCGGAUUAAGCAGUUUGUUUCUGGCACCAUCCUGUUGAAGGGUGACCAAGGAGAUAUUGGAGAGAAAGGUUGCAAGGGUGCACCUGGUGACCCUGGCCAUGGCUACCACAUCAAAGGAGUUAAGGGAGACAAAGGAUAUGAAGGCCCUGAGGGAAAGCCAGGGAAAGAUGGAGAUCCAGGACCAUCUGGAAGUAGGGGAAGGCCUGGUCUCAGUGGUGAUCCAGGAUAUCCAGGAGUAACAGGAGAGAAGGGUGAGAAGGGAAACAGGGGUUCCCCUGGUCUCCCUGGACAGAUAAUUGGGCCUGUGGUUGAAGAGAUCAAAGGAUAUCGUGGGGACCCUGGUCCCCUGGGUCCACCUGGGAUCCCUGGAGCUCAAGGUGUUGUGGGUUUUCCUGGAGCAAAAGGUCUUCCCGGCAGUGCAUCUUCUGGGUCUUAUGUGCCAGGCCCGCUUGGUCCCACUGGCUUUCCAGGCCCCAAAGGAGACUCUGGGGAGCCAGGGCAUAUUUAUACAGGAUCCCCAGGACUAGAUGGAGAUCCUGGGGAUCAAGGGCCUCCUGGGGAUCAGGGGCCACCAGGACCUCCUGAAGACAGAAGUAAAAGGCUUACCAAGGGUCUGCCAGGAAUAAAAGGAAUGAAGGGUGUCCCUGGCCCUCUUGGAUAUGGAGGACAGCAUGGAAAGAAAGGAGAGAAGGGGGAGACUUGUUAUGAUUGUGGCAGUAUCGGCAGUAUCUCAGGACUGCGGGGGCCUCCUGGUCCACCUGGUGUUCCUGGUUAUAGUCAAGGACCAGGGGCCAUAGGUGAUCCAGGACUUCCAGGACCCAGAGGCUUACCUGGACUACCAGGUCGCACCGGCCUCCCAGGAUUUCCAGGCCACCCAGGACCAAAGGGAGACUCAGGCUCCUACCAUUUUCCUGGUUUAAAGGGAGAGCAAGGAGCCCCAGGACAGCCUGGCACCCCUGGUUUAGAUGGCCUCAAUGGGUCCCCUGGCUUACCAGGUCACAAGGGCGACCGAGGGCCCAAAGGAGAUUCGUAUCCAUACCCUGGUGUUGUGGGGGAUCGUGGUUUGCCAGGUCCAUCAGGGCCUCCAGGCAGACCAGGACCAAUUGGCCAACCAGGCUCUGUGGGAUAUGGGCCUGUUGGGCUCCCAGGGAAUAAGGGAGAUGUUGGGGUGCCUGGCUUGCCUGGACAACCUGGAAUUCCAGGUCAGAAAGGGGAGUCCGGCCACAUCCACGUAAAAGGCAACCCUGGACCACCUGGAUAUAAAGGUCUGCCUGGUCCAAGUGGACUGCCAGGGAAUCAAGGAGCCCCAGGUAUCCCAGGAAUGCCAGGCUUUCCAGGACAGAAAGGAGAGAGAGGAGACGUCUCAUUCCCUGGAGAGCCAGGGAUACAAGGGGAGAAAGGUGAAAAAGGACAGAUAGGUCUCCCAGGCCUCCCAGGCAGGGGCCACCCUGGUCAGCCAGGUGCAAUAGGACUUCCUGGUCCUCCAGGAUUGAAGGGCGAUGGUGGCCCUGGACAUGCUGGACAUGAUGGUCCCCCAGGACCUCCAGGGGUGGAUGGCGCUCAGGGGCCCCAGGGAGAUCCUGGAUCCCCUGGCCACCGUGGACAAUCAGGACUCCCAGGCAAUCCAGGUUUACCAGGUGAAAAAGGGAGUAAAGGUGCUGUCGGGCCUCCAGGACAACCUGCUGAUAAGAACUGUGAAGGUGAUGUACCUGGACCGGCAGGACUACCAGGACCAGAUGGGCAUCCAGGACAUCCAGGUUUUAAUGGCCAGCCUGGUGAGAAGGGGGACCAAGGUUUACCAGGAUUUGGUCAGCCUGGCCUAGUCGGUGACACUGGUCCACCUGGACAUCCUGGGAUAGCUGGGAUACCUGGGCUUCCUGGGGCAAGCGGGGUGAGGGGAAAAGAUGGCCUGCCUGGCAUUCCAGGAGCGACAGGAGACCCAGGACCAGAUGGGAGACCAGGAUAUGGGCCCCCUGGAACUCCUGGACCUGUGGGACCACCUGGCCAAAGAGGUGCCCAAGGCCCAAAAGGAAACAAAGGCUCCCGGGGGUCACCAGGCAUGGAUGGGGACCCAGGUAUCAUAGGUCCUCCAGGGCCUGUAGCACCACCACCACUCAACAUACUGGGUCCCAAAGGGGAACCUGGGCAGCCUGGUUUGCCUGGUCCUGAUGGUCCUAGAGGAGAUUUUGGAAUUUCUGGACCCAAAGGACUGAAAGGAGUGCAAGGACAUUCAGGGGGCCCUGGUCCAAGAGGUCCCCCAGGUGAUCCUGGUAUUGAUGGUCUAGUGCUCUCAGAGGGACCUUCAGGGCCUGCUGGAGACCCAGGAAAUCCAGGAAUCAGAGGUUCUCCAGGCCCAAAGGGAAUCAAGGGAGAUCAAGGCUUUCCUGGGGGACCAGGUCCAGAUGGAGAACAAGGUCCAAGGGGUUGCAAAGGAGUUCAAGGAGAGCCAAACUACCAUGGAUAUGGACCUCCAGGACAACGUGGACAGAAGGGUGAACCUGGAAAAACCAUCUGGCAGAAGGGGCAGAAAGGAGAACCUGGUUUUGUUGGGUCCCCAGGUCAUAAAGGAUACCCUGGACCCAAAGGCAACCCAGGAUCUGUUGGAUACAAUGGUCCACCAGGGCCACCAGGCCCUCAGGGUUCAGAUGGGCCUCCAGGAAGUAAAGGAUAUCCAGGUCCCAUCGGAUCUCCAGGUAAGCCAGGCCUGCCAGGUGUUGCUGGGAUCCCAGGUCCUAAAGGCAACCAGGGGCAAGAUGGAUUCCCUGGACCACCGGGGCAGAAAGGGGAAACUGUUAUGUUAGGAGGGCCUCCUGGUAGGCGUGGGGACACAGGUCAACCAGGUCCAAUUGGAAACCCUGGUCCUCCUGGCUGGUCUGUCACAGGAGAAUCUGGACCAAUAGGAGACAGAGGACCACCAGGUGUACCUGGACUCCCUGGUCUGAAAGGACAACCAGGAACAGGAGAGAAAUGUAGUAUUGGGCCAAAAGGCAAUCGUGGCCAUCCUGGAAUCCAGGGUAGCCCAGGCUUGCCAGGUUUACGCGGUCCUCCAGGGCCCAGUUUUCCUGGCUUAAAAGGGGACAGAGGGGACCCAGGUCCAACAGGGAGCCCAGGUACUGUUGGACUAUCAGGAGAUCCAGGUCCUCCAGGACUAACAGAGCCAGGAGCCAGGCCUGGGGACCCAGGACCAAGAGGUGAUGUUGGUCCUCCUGGAAUCAAAGGAGACCUUGGUGAUCGGGGGGACCCUGGAUACUCACCAGGCCCACCCGGUAAACCCGGGAUCAAAGGCUUUCCUGGACCACCAGGUUUGAAAGGUGAACCAGUAUAUGCCAGUGCUGUAUAUGAACCCGGUAUUCCAGGCUUACCAGGUCCCCCUGGUAAUCGAGGACCCCCAGGGUACACCGGACCAUCUGGACCAUCAGGCCCUGCAGGUCCUGCAGGCCCAAAGGGAGUGCUUGGGUCCAGUCCAGUAGGCCCACCUGGGUUUACAGGUCGUAAAGGAGACAAAGGCCCACCAGGACAGCCAGGUCCACAAGGCAGCCCUGGACAAUCUGGCCGACAGGGUCCUCAAGGGAUUCCAGGCAGCAGUGGCCCAGCGCUGGCUGACAGCUUCAUGAUAGCUAGACACAGUCAGAGCAUCCAUGUGCCUGACUGCCCUCGAGGCACAAGCCUCAUCUACUCUGGUUAUUCUUUCCUCUUCAUCAACGGAAACGAGAGAGCUCAUGGACAAGACCUCGGCACCAUGGGAAGCUGUCUCCCUCGUUUUACCACCAUGCCCUUCCUCUUCUGUGACACGGAAACUAAUUGCCGCUAUGCUUCCCGCAACGACUACUCCUACUGGUUGUCCACUGACAAGCCUGUACCUCCCAGCAUGGUUCCCAUUACAGGGCCGGACCUUGCCACUUACAUCAGCAGGUGUUCAGUGUGUGAAUCCACCACCAAUGCCAUAGCCAUCCACAGCCAGACAACCCAGACCCCAGAAUGUCCACGAGGCUGGGAGUCCCUGUGGACUGGAUACUCAUUUGUCAUGCAAACAGGUGUUGGUGCAGAGGGCUCCUCCCAGCCCUUGGUUUCCCCUGGUUCUUGUCUGGAAAAUUUUCACAAGGUGCCCUUCAUAGAGUGUCAUGGCAGAGGAACCUGUAACUACUAUCCUGAUUCCUACAGCUACUGGCUGGCCUCCGUCGACCCCAACAGCAUGUUCAGUAAACCCAUUCCUCAGACAGUGAAGGGACGUUCUCUACAGAGCGUCAUCAGCCGUUGCAGGGUCUGCAGGAAACCAUAGCAACCUGUCCAGUCAGGUGGAACAAGAUUGUAAGGCGGUAACACAAGGUAACACCGCUGUCCUACAGCAUCCGGGAGAGGAGCAGCACCAAAGACUGACCACUGCAGAGGAUGCAUCUGGGGACAGAUGUAGUUUGCCUCUCAGUGUAGCUAGAGAUGAUUUCACAUUGAUUUCACAUUGAUCUGUAAACAAUGGUCUUUGUUAAAAAUAAUAAUAAUCAUAAUCAAUUCAAGUAUUUCAAACAAGAACAUUACAUAUCUGAAAAGUACAGCAAAUCAGUUUUUAGGAAUGAUCUUUUUUUGCCCUUUUUUGUGUGUGUGUUAAUAAAGAUGAGAUGAUGUUUUAAUAAGUAUUGUGCAUGCAGCAUCUGUCUCUAAGUCAACUUGUGGCUGGUUAGCUCUAAAUAAAAUUCAAUACUACCUAUAAGCAAUGGAAUUUUUUGUGUAAGCUGACGAUGAGAAUGAAAUAAGGAAAUUCAUGGAACAUUUAAAGUCAGUGAGUCACCACAGCCAACAAAUUAUCAUUAUUGGAAGGUGGUAGUAGUAGUAGUAGUGAUAAUAGUACUAGUGCCGACUGAGUCUGGAAUACUGUACACUG